GUCUGUCUCUGGCUGCUGUGCUCUGUGUUACAAUGAACCAUUGGUACAUCCAGUUCUUCUUCUAUCUGGGACUGGCUUUGGGAGACACAUCUGGCUGUAUCAGAGUGAACCCCUGCAAGUGUCUGAUGAAGGACGGUUCAGGGGUCAUCAAUCUGGCGGCGCUCGGGGAAGUGGAGGGCUUCCUAGUCAGGGAUAGGAAGGUCCAUCUUGGGUCAGAGGGCAGCAGGACAGAGAAUUUAGCCACAUUCAGCCCCUGCAACGCCUUCACAGAGCCGGCAGGACUGGGGAACUGCUCCCGUAUGGCUGUGUGUGUCGUAAGCAGGAACCUCCUGUACCCCAAACGUUUCCCUCAAUACAUAGGAUAUGGACAGCAUGAAGACAACGAGUUCAAUUACAGCAAUGACAGCAAAAUCUUGUCAGUUACCUACCCAGUGCCCGGAAGCCCUUUAAGGACCAUAGUGCACUUUAACUGCAGCCCUACAAGCUCCGUCACCUUCCCAUGGAACCCAGAAAGUCCUGACUUGCUGGAGAUAUUUGUGCAGAGCCCGUGUGUCUGUCCCAACAGGUGUCAGUCUAAGGACGUGGGUCCCACCACCAUCAUUCUCAUUUUGUUCAUCACAUCCAGCGCUCUCUAUUUCCUGUACGGCAGCUGUUCCCUGCACUCAGUACAGACGCCCGAGGGCAUGCGCAUCACUCCCGAACCCCACAUCUGGUGCUGGAUCUGCCACCUGCUGCCACGACAAAGAGCGUCCCAGAACCGAUUGGUGCUGCGUUUAUAAGAGAAGCUGGACAGUAAUACCCAGUCUGCCAUUAUCUCUUGAUAACCUCAGCUGGCACAGUGCCGGCCAAGUGCGACCAGCCGCAUGUAACAAGUUUCGUGCUGACUGGGAAGUUUGGUCACGGAUUUGGAAAGCAGUCAGAGCUUUGACUAACUGACAGAAAAAUCAGAUCUACUGAUGAAACUUUAGUUGUGCAGAAUAUAAUGGAAAUAUGGAUUUCGUUCAUGUGAUUCUUAAAGGGAUAUAAAACCCCAAAAUGUUCUUCCAUGAUUCAGACAGAGAAUACAAUUUUAAAUAGCUUUCCUAUUUACUUCUAUUAUGUAAUUUGCUUCAUUCUCAUUGUAUCCUUUGUUAAAAAGCAUACCUAGGUACACUCAGGCACAACAAUGAGCUGCUGCUGAUUGGUGGCGCUAUAUAUAUAUAUAUAUAUAUAUAUAUAUAUAUAUAUAUAUAUACCUAUUUACAUUGGCUGAAACAGUGUGCUCAGCUAACUCCCAGUAGUGCAUUGCUGCAUCUUCAACAAAGGAUACCAAGAGAAUGAAGCAAACUUGGUAACAGAAGUAAAUUGGAAAGUUAUUUAAAAUGCCAUUGUCUAUCUCAAUCAUGAAAGAAAAAAAAGACCAUGUACUGUAAAAAAAAUUUCCUGAAUGAGUAUAAAAAUUAUGAUAAAUUGCUUAUUUAUGUUUAUUUUUGUAUAUUAAAUAGCUGUUUUUGCUCUUUGAUACUACAACCAUUAUAAUGGGCUGAGCUUACAAGGAAAUCAUACUGUAUUACUUACCUCUUCUACCCCCCACUUUCACAAUACACUGUCCCUUUAAGCAAUCCCACUACUUAUUAUUAUUAAAGACUUUACCUACUUUU